CAAAAGAGCCACAUCAUCCUCAAAAUGCUAUCAACCAUUAUCAAAAUCACGUCCAAAAACUUCCCAAAAAUCAAUACUAUGAUAAUUUGGAUGUUCACUCAACAAGUGAAGACCAAAUUAACGAACCCCCACAAAUGGCUAACCUCCUUAAACCAAUUCUCGCUGGUACUUCCCCUUCUUUCACUUCAUUUUCCUCUGUUUCUAAAUUUGUUUGUUCAUUUCCUCAUUUUCACCCUAAAAUCAUCCCUUACAAAUUGUUUUCUGGACAUAACAAUUGUGUUAAGAUUAACAACAUAAACAGGAACAGAACAAAUCGUCGCCUACUUUUGGGUUUUGGAGUCAGUUGUUCUUGGUCUCAAUUUCUCAACAUGUUUGGUAUCCAAAAGGAGAAUUCUUUUUUGGCUUUUGCUAGGCAGAAGAGUGCCGUUGAAGAGGUAUUGACAAAUGUAGAAUGGCCGGAGCAGUUUCCAUUUAAGGAGGAAGAUUUUCAGCGCUAUGAUGAGUCAAGUGAUACAGUGUUCUAUGAUUCACCGCGUUUUGUUACUCACAUUGAUGAUUAUGCUAUUGCUGCACUUACUAAAUAUUACUCAAAGGUUUUUCCUACAAGUAACACCCCAGGAGUUAGUAUGUUGGAUAUGUGUAGCAGCUGGGUUAGUCAUUUUCCAAAAGGCUACAAGCAGGAAAGGAUAGUGGGAAUGGGCAUGAACGAGGAAGAGCUCAAGAGGAACCCAGUCCUCACUGAAUAUAUUGUGCAAGAUUUGAAUGUUAAUCCUAAGCUUCCAUUUGAAGAUAAUUCUUUUGACAUUAUCACUAAUGUGGUAAGUGUUGAUUAUCUAACAAAACCACUGGAGGUAUUCAAGGAAAUGCAAAGGAUUCUGAAACCUGGUGGCUUGGCUAUUAUGAGCUUCUCUAAUCGGUGCUUUUGGACUAAAGCGAUCUCAAUCUGGACAUCUACUGGUGAUGCUGAUCAUAUUCUAAUUGUUGGAGCUUAUUUUCAUUAUGCGGGAGGUUUUGAACCUCCAAAGUUGCUGAUGAUGUUUGCUACCAAGGUCAACUAGAAACAACCUCUUUGUCAUCAUUAACACAGACAAGGUUGCGUACAUCUAACCCCCAAACUCUCCACAAUCAUUAAUGAUUUAAUGGCAUUAAGAUAAUGGAAUUUGUUGUGCGAUAUCACGUAUAUUUUUCCAAUUGUCAUGCACAUAUUUUGGGUAAACUUUAGUUGCUUAAAAAAUUAUUCUACGCAGAAAUUCACCUUCUUGAAGACUUUUGAUAAUGCUCAGCUUAGUUUGAAAACGUAAGAUGCAAAUAUUUUUCUUACGAUAUCCUGCAUGUAUUUUGUAAAUUUAUACUGUGACCUUAUACAGUAUUGGAUAGUCAAGUCUUCAUUUAGACAAACCUUACUUAGAAUGCAAGUUUAGAUCAUAUUCAGCUACGAAUCAAACUUCAAAGAAACAUUUGAAACAAAAUAAAUCUAUAAGUUAUGCCUAAGAAUGUCAAUGUUUGCAGCUAAAUCAGCCUUCAAGAAACAUAUUUCUAAGUUUGGCAAUGUGACGUGACAUAAUGCCAACUUUUGAGACCCAAAAUUUCUUCAUCGAGUAACCAGCACUUAAUCUGCAUUGUGCAGCAAAUAGCUCUUUAGAGUUUAGAUGGCUAUGAAAGGAGUGGGAAUCCAAUAGAAUAAUUCGUUGCUUCGUUUAUAAGCAUGACAUAUGCAUUAUGUCAACUGUAUUUUUACGAGCCUCUAUAAGUAUCAUUAUAGAAAAUUAAACAUUCAUAGACAGUCGAUUAAUUCUCUUGAAAUGUUAAACCCAAAGAACGCCAAGUUUACAAUGCCUUUUAAAGUUCUUUCAAUCAGUCUGCUUCUGACUUUACAUGCCUCCUGGGCUUCGGCAGCUUCAAUCCAACAGAAUUUUCUCCAAUGCUUUCACAAAAAUAUAGGUUCCAAUGGCCCGCUUCCCCCAUCAUGUUAUACAGAAGCCAACUCUUCCUUCUCUAUCAUCCUUCAAUCCACAGCUCAAAACCUUAGAUAUCUCAUGCCGUCUGUGAGAAAACCUGAAAUAAUAGUAAUGCCAACUGAUGAAUCCCAUGUUCAAGCUUCUGUGAUAUGUGCUAAAAAGCUUGGGAUUCAGCUCAGAGUUCGUAGUGGGGGCCACGAUUAUGAAGGUGUCUCGUAUGCAUCUGAGAUGGAGACUCCCUUUGUUAUCCUUGACAUGGCAAAACUCCGAAUGGUAACAGUUGACAUUGAAGAUAACAGUGCUUGGGUGCAGGCUGGUGCUACUAUAGGUGAGCUCUUCUACAGGAUAUCGGUGGAGAGCAAGGUCCAUGGAUUCCCUGCAGGGCUGUGCACCAGCUUAGGAGUAGGAGGGCACAUCACCGGGGGGGCCUAUGGUCCAUUGAUGAGAAAGUAUGGCCUCGGUGUUGACAAUGUUCUCGAUGUUCGAAUGGUUGAUGCCCAUGGGCGGGUGCUGGAUCGUGAGUCUAUGGGGGAGGAUUUGUUCUGGGCCCUUAGAGGGGGUGGAGGUGGUAAUUUCGGGGUUAUCUUAGCGUGGAAGGUUAAGUUAGUCCCGGUACCGGAGAAAGUGACGGUUUUCACUGUUGCAAAGACCUUGGAGCAAAACUUAACAAAGAUAUUAUAUAAAUGGCAACAAGUUGCCGAUAAGACAGAUGAAAAUCUCUUCAUCCGAGCCAUAUUACAAAGCUCCAAAACCCCAAAAGGUGACAAAACUGUGCUGGGUUUGUUUCAGGCCUUGUAUCUUGGACAAGUUGAUCAGCUGCUCAAAGUUAUGCAGCGUGAUUUUCCUGAACUAAGAUUGAAAAAUAAAGACACAUCUGAAAUUAGUUGGAUAGAGUCAGUCCUUUAUAUUGCUAAUUACCCCACUGGCACGAAACCGGAAGUCCUACUUGAAGGAAAGCCAACAUUCAUAAACUACUUUAAGGCAAAGUCGGACUAUGUUAAGGUACCUAUUCCAGAAACUGGACUGGAAGGAAUAUGGAGGAGGUACGCAGAUGAUGAAAAUGCUCUAAUGAUCUUGACCCCAUAUGGCGGGAUGAUGAGUAAGAUACCGGAGUCAGAGACCCCAUUUCCUCACAGAAAUGGGAUCAAAUUUAUGAUCCAGUAUGUGAUAGCGUGGUCCGAUGGGGAAAGUAGUGAACGUAGGCACAUGGAAUGGGUUAGGAAGCUAUAUAACUAUAUGACGCCUUACGUAUCAAUGUUUCCUAGGGAAUCAUAUGUGAACUAUAAGGAUCUUGAUUUGGGUAUGAACAAAGAUGACAACUUUAACUUUAUACAAGCGAUUGCUUGGGCCACUAUGUACUAUAAGAAUAAUUACAACAGGCUUGUGAAGAUUAAGACGAAAUUUGACCCCGAUAACUUCUUUAGGCAUGAGCAAAGCAUCCCUCCUCUGCCGAUAUAUGACACAUCUGAUCAGAUGUAAAAGACUAGACCAUAUGUAAGCUAGUUUUGUAGCUUUUGCUUAUGUUAUGUAAAAGAUACUUAAAACGGAAUUGGGAAAGAUCGCAUCGUGUAAAAGAUUAUGAAUUUCAAUUCCAUUGUUGUUUUGAUUACUGUCUAAUCUAAUAUAUGCAAGUGAUCUCGAUAACUUCCCCGUUGCAUAUGAGAUACUACAAUUAAGAUAAUAAUCUCCAAUGAUAGGCAUCCUAAGUAGACGAAUAAGUUUGCAUUCUUUUUGUACUGCCAUUGCAGGCUGUGGACAUAUCUCCCAACCCCGGUCGCUCAGAUCCGAUGUACAUAGUAUAUUCCAGGAAGGUAUCAACAGCAUAAGUUGAUUUUAUUGGAUUUUUGAGUCUCGGCAUCUUCAUCAGCAAGUGGUAUGUUGUAAAAUUCUCACCACAAAUUAACAACCUUUUAGCCUUUUCUGUGCUCUGAUUCUGAUACGCAUAUUGUAGAAAAUAAAGAGAUUCCCAACUUCUAUGGUUCAUAUUUUUUA